AGUAUCGGUUUGGUCGUUUCCUCCUCCGCCGUUUUACUCUACAGCUGCUUCGCGGACGGAAGACGGCAGGAGGGGAACACGGAGGCCUUUGAUAUUUGAAAGCACACCCUGGGAAAGAUGGCAGCCAUCAGGAAGAAGUUGGUGAUUGUUGGGGAUGGUGCAUGUGGGAAGACCUGUCUGCUCAUCGUCUUCAGUAAGGACCAGUUCCCAGAGGUCUACGUCCCCACUGUGUUUGAGAACUACAUCGCUGACAUUGAAGUUGAUGGCAAACAGGUGGAGUUGGCGUUGUGGGAUACAGCAGGUCAGGAGGACUAUGACAGACUGAGGCCUCUCUCUUACCCUGACACAGAUGUUAUCCUCAUGUGCUUCUCUAUAGAUAGCCCCGACAGUUUAGAGAACAUUCCCGAGAAAUGGACGCCUGAAGUGAAACACUUUUGUCCCAACGUCCCCAUCAUUCUCGUGGGUAACAAGAAGGACCUGAGGAAUGAUGAACACACACGCAGGGAGCUGGCCAAGAUGAAACAGGAGCCUGUGAAGCCGGAGGAGGGUAGAGACAUGGCCAACCGCAUCAGUGCCUUUGGCUACCUGGAGUGCUCCGCCAAGACCAAGGACGGCGUGCGGGAGGUGUUUGAGAUGGCCACUAGAGCGGCGCUGCAGGUCCGCAAGCGCAAGAAGAGGGGCGGCUGCCAGCUCCUGUAAGGGGACGCAGUCUGUUGGCCAAUCGGCACCCGAGGGAGGAUUCCCGCCUUAGAGAAACCUUAAUGCGAUGGCUUCCGUGGACUAUCUUACUUCACAGAUGCAGAUAUGCCACAGGAGAAUAUGAAAGACUGACACGCCUGUUUAAAAGCAAAACAAAUCAGCCUUUAGUUUUAAAUUCUAUUUCCUCUGCUACUCACACACCUUUUGUUUUGUUUGUUUGCGGCUCUGUUUUCCUCCACCCCGGCACACCAGCCUGUUAGUGUGAAGGACCCUUAAAUGAAUGUAUGUUUGUAUUUAUGUGUGCAUUUACAAACAUAUCAUGUCUGUUAUGUUUACAAAGAAGGGUCUGUCUUCUUGAGGGUCACAUGCCACCUGUGAAUGGCAAGACCAUUUUAAGAUUUGCUUUAAUAGUAUGGAACCCCUGCUUCACUUCAACCUGCAUGUACCACUUUCUCCUUUAUAAGUCAGCUUGGGUCACGAUCCACCUAAAUGUCACACCACUAUUCCUUUUACACCCGUAAAACCCUUUUUCACCAUGUGUUGAGUCAGCAUAGCUCAUUUCCCUCGGCUUUACCUUCUGGCAUUAAUGACUAAAUUUAGAGCCCGUUCACUCUGCAUUCAUCCACGGAGACCGACAUAAACUGAAGCAGCAGCAACUAUUUGUGUGGAGAGGUUUUGGACUGCACCUUGCUGUGUCUCUUCCAUGGCGAUAGCUUAAACCAGCACUGGAGACAGUGGUCUAUUGUCAUGGACACAAUACUCAGUCACGCUCACACUGGCUCCGAGUCCAACAGACUUGCCUCUACCAAGACGUCAAAGCCUUCCUCUGAACUCUGUACUGCUAAAUGAGAUCCAGUAUACAGUCAUCAUGCACCACUGUAUACUGGAUCUAUAGGUUUCUGGUCUCAACACAAUGGAUGCACACUGUAUACAAUUCAGACAGAUUAUAGUUAUAUUCUGUGCAUAAAAGUUUCAAUAAAAUUUCCAGUUGACAGCUCAAAUGUUGUCAUUGCCAA